AUGUGGGAACACGUGGGCAUCUUUGCCCGUGCUGCCGACGCAAAUGGCACCCCCUCCAUCUCAGACCCCUGGCCGGCCAAGGAUAUUGUCUAUGUGGCCAUUGUUGGCGGCUGUAUGCUUGCGGCUCUUCUCGAGUGGUUUCUCUGGGUCGCCGCAUUCCUCUACUGCUUGGUCAAGUGUUUCCAGAAAGCCGAAACCAUUAGCAUCCGAAUUCUUUCCGUGAUAAUGAUGGUUCUCUUCACUGCUCUUCGUGCUAUCUUCUUGCCAAUCAUGGUCGUCACUCUACCUCUACCUAGCCAGGUAACCAAGUACUUCCCAAACGAAAUGGUUCAGAUCCUACAGUGGUUCGCUUUCUGGUCGUUCGCCGGUCUCCUCACUAUUCCGUGGCUGUUCUGCGUUUACCAGCUUGUUACUCAUUCCGUCGGCCGGACAAAGAGAAUCAAGUCCGUGUUGGAUGAGGCAUCAGCGCCCAAGGUCGUCAUUGUCAUGCCUUGCUACAAGGAAAUUCCCGAGAUUCUCCUGCGAACCGUAGACUCCCUCGUGGACUGCGACUACCCUCCCUCGUGCUUGCACAUCUUCCUUUCAUUCGACGGGGACCAGGAGGACGAAUUGUACCUCAACACCAUCGAGAAGCUCGGUGUGCCGUUGACCCUCGACUCGUACCCCAAAUCCAUCGAUGUGACAUACCGUCAGUGCCGUAUUACUGUCUCUCGUUUCCCACACGGUGGAAAGCGUCAUUGCCAGAAGAGGACCUUCAAGCUCAUCGACAAGAUCUACACCGAGUACCUCAAGCGCAACGACAAUCUGUUCAUGCUGUUCAUCGAUUCUGACUGCAUUCUCGACAAGGUCUGCAUCCAGAACUUCAUGUACGAGAUGGAACUCAAGCCUGGAAGCAAGAAGAACAUGUUGGCCAUGACUGGUGUCAUUACCUCGACUACGGAAAAGAACUCCCUCAUCACCCUUCUUCAGGACAUGGAAUACAUACACGGUCAGCUUUUUGAGCGAUCUGUCGAAUCCGGUUGUGGUGCUGUCACCUGUUUGCCCGGUGCCCUCACUAUCCUUCGUUUCUCCGCUUUCCGCAAAAUGUCAAAGUACUACUUCGCCGACAAGGCCGAGCAGUGCGACGAUCUGUUCGACUACGGCAAGUGCCAUCUCGGCGAAGAUCGUUGGCUCACUCACUUGUUCAUGAUUGGCGCUCAGGAACGUUACCAGAUCCAGAUGAAUACUGGUGCUUUCUGCAAAACCGAAGCUGUACAAACCUACCGAUCUCUUCUGAAGCAGCGCCGCCGUUGGUUCCUGGGUUUUAUCACCAACGAAGUAUGCAUGUUGACAGAUAUCCGCCUCUGGAGGCGGUACCCAAUUCUCUGUGUUGUCCGCUUCAUGCAGAACACCAUCCGAACCACAGCCCUUCUUUUCUUCAUCAUGGUUAUCUCUCUUAUCACCACAUCACAAAAGGUCAAGAACCUGCCAGUCGGUUUCAUCGCCAUCUCGCUCGGACUUAACUGGCUUCUUAUGCUCUACUUCGGUGCCAAGCUUGGCCGUUACAAGAUUAUGCUUUACCCCAUCAUGUUCAUCAUCAACCCCUUCUUCAACUGGGUGUACAUGGUCUACGGUAUCUUCACGGCUGGUCAGCGUACCUGGGGUGGUCCUCGUGCGGAUGCUGGAACGGCCGACUCAACCACGACACCUGCUCAAGCCAUCGAACAAGCCGAAGCCACUGGUGAUGAUCUCAACGUUGUGCCCGAAACUUUCAAGGCGGCCGCAGAGGUACAAAAGGGCCGCCCGGCCCCCGUCCCACUCCAGCCCUCCGAUCACCUGGAAGGUCGCUUUGCCCCAGCCGAACGCCUGCCCAACGGAUGGUACCAGCAAGGCUCCAACGACUCUGGCCUCACUCUGCCCAACAUGCUUCCCAGGAAUCCCAAUGUUCCCAACGUUCCACUCCAUCCCCGUUCGUCCAUGGACUCGAUUGUUUCUGGGACCUCAGCUGGAAACUCCGUCUAUCUACCUCGCCGUGUCGAAUCGUUUAUGGAUCCCGCCGACGCAUCCAUCUACCAUAAGGCUCAAGCAACGCAGAAACCCGCCGGAGGUGCCUACUUCGAAGCCGACAAUCGCUACAACUCUCCGUAUGAGGUUGGUACCGGGUCCGGCAAGAACAAUUACCACGAGUCCGUUGAGUCACUCUCCGAUGAAUCGAUUUACAUGUCCCAAUCCAAGGGAUCGCAAAGACCACCCCACACUAGAGGAGCCAGUGAUCUCAGCCCUUACGCGCCUGCUACAAAUUCUCCCCUCGCCCGGGAGGCUUCUGGACUGGAGGCUCCUCAGCCGACUUACAGCAACCAGCAGCGCGACCAGCGGCAGGGUCGUAGCCCACUCACCCGUUCGGCUUAUACGGCCCCUCCCCAGCAGCUCGGCAUUGAGCUGCAGCAACAGCAGCAACGUGGUUUGAUGCGCGAUGUUUCGCCUACACCGCUUGCUUCGCCGCCUGCUGAGUUAGAAUCCAGUCACCAACGCAGCGGAUCUAACGACUCGGAGAGGAAACGGAAGAGAUUGAGCAAGAAGCCUCCAAAAUGA